AUGACUGCAGUUUUGGAUCCCUUCAAGCCUUUUUCCUCAGAGCUUCACGUCAUCAGGCGGCUGAACUCCAGUUUGCAACGAGAUGGUAGGAGAGAUAGACCUAACACUGGACAUGUAGGCUCCCUUAGACUUCAGCCCCCCGCUGAGCACGUCACCCUGGCUCCUUUGCGAGAUGAUGUCCCCCUGUUGGACCCCUGCUGCGGUCAGCUGAGUGCUGGAGCUGAGGUAGUCCUGGGCCUCAAAGGUCGAAAGAAAUUCAUAGAUUUUGAUCAUGUCCCCUCUGCUCUGUGGGUCCCUCCCGGUUUCAGAGAGAGGCCUCAAACAACCCCAAACCUCUCAGUGGUGUGUGUAGACCUGAGCGAGGACAAGGCCUGGAACUCCAGGAGGAUCCCCCAUGCGGCUCUGAGAGCAAGACUGAGUGGAGUCGGGCGGGAUAUCUCACCAGCAGUUCGACACUUCAGAUACACUUCUGCAACACAGAGGAGUUAUGAGGACGCUGGAUGGAUUGCAAAGGUACCGCGGCACUUGAAGGCACCAGAAGCAACCCUGGAGAAACUGGCAGACCCAGUGAGUGAGCGUGCCUCACUGAGGCGCUACAACAGCCGACCUCAGCUGUGGCAGUCUGUAGGAGCUGAGUGGAACAGGCGACAGCUUCGACUGAGGAAUGAGGCCAAAAAACCAAUAUCUUUCUGCAGUACAUAUCCAAGAUCAGGUCAGAUCCCUCUGUACACUGGCACCGUCGGCUCUGAGAACAUGGAUAACAUUGACAACAAGGAUGAAGACUUCCACCCACUGACAAUAAAGAGGAGCGUCGUUCCUCCAUGCAUGCCGACAGCACGCCGAACCACCAUCCCUGGCUACACAGGCAUGGCUGCCUAUGCUGACUCUGCUGCUCCUGCAACUUCUGCAAGCUCAUCUGGAGCAUUCGAAGAACUUGGAACUUCUGUUUUCAGGCACACAGCGCCCCUGUCCAGAACGGUGACCGCCGUGGCUCCCUGCAACCCCUUCAUGAGACCCGUGCUUCCUGUCUGGUGCACGAGCGCCACAGCAAGACUUUAGACAAACGAGAUGAGAGAAGGGCUCGAAGGUGUCAGCUUCCUAUUCACGCCAUCCAAUCUGUUUAUAUGAAUACAUCUACGAUGAUGUGAUGUCAGUGAGUUAUUCAGAGUGAGUUAAAGAAUAAUGAGAUGCCCCAUUAUCAUAAUUUCCCUGAUUUAGAUGAGUGGUUUUCUAACUCUGGGUUGCAUUGUCCUCUUAAAUAUUUGCUCUCUCUCACUGACUCGCUUGCUUGCUCGUUUACUCUAUGUGUGUGUGCGUCUGUCAUGAAGGGCAAAGAGAGGGGCGAAAUAUUGAGGAAAGUCAGGAUUUUUAGCGCUAUCGUUACAUUUUUAACAGUAUACAAAUUACGGCAGCUUUACAGAUCCAUUAUGACUAAACAGGCUAAUCUGCAUUCAAAAUGCUGUCUGUGGGCUUCAGUAAAUACAUCGCUUAGAUUUCUGUAGAUGCGACUGUAAUGCACAUUGACAUUAUUAUGAUGUGCCUGGCAGCAAUAGCUUUAUGUCUGCGGUUAGUGCAGCUUGACGCUUAGACAGGAAAUAGGGAUGAGAUGGUUUUCCUGUUUCUCUUCAUCUAUACUUUGUUUAGAUUUACAUUUCAUGAGGAUUUUGUACUUAAGCACAAAGUUGAUACACGUGAGGACUUUGGGUUGUGUGAUCACUAAUAUGUGCAUCUUUUCUUUUUAAUUAUUGUAAAUUUAGUGUAAUUUGUGUUUUAUUUAGCUAUUUAUUGUUGCACUUCCAAAAAAUGA